ACACUUCGACUCGACGCGUAUUCCCCUCGCCGCCGUCGCCGACUCGCCGUCGAUUCGCCGCCACCGUUGCCGCCGCUUCGCGCCUAGGGUUUCGUCGCCGGCCGCCGCUGUAUGAGCAGUCGCCCCAUCGUCGCCAACCUGGACCGUCACCACCACCACCACCGCCCCGAUGUCGUCGUCGAGGAAGACCGCGGGCCCCCGCGGCGGCGGCGGCCGCCGCAGGGACGAAGAAGGUGGGUAGUGGGCCGAGCCGGGUGACGCUGGAGAGGCUCCGGGAGGGGAUCGAGCGGCGGGCGGAGGAGGAGGAGAGGCGGGCGGAGGAGGAGAGGAGGGCGGAGGCGGAGAGGGCCGCCGCGGAGGAGCGGGCGAGGCGGGAGGAGGAGGAGGGGAGGGCGCGGGCGGAGGAGGAGAGGAGGCGGAGGGAGGAGGAGAGGCGGCGGAGGAGGAAAGAGGAGAAGGUGAGGGAGGAGGCGCGGCGGAGGGAGGAGCAGCGGCGGCGGCUCGGCAUCACCGUCGUCGCUGAUUCUCCCGGCGGAGGCGGUGAUGGCGAUCGUCGUCGGCCUGUGUACGACUCCAGGAAGACUAAAUUGCAGGCCAAGCCUCAUGGGGAUGCCCAGUCUGAAGCUGAUACGGCAGAAUUGCUGAGCUCGAAGCCGCAAUUGGAGGACGAGCAGAUCAAUGCAUUAUCUAUCGAGGUUGCUGCUGCCGCAGACGCAGUAGAAUUGGGAGUGGGAAGGAAAACUGGAUCAUCAGAAGAGGAUGGCACUGUUAGUGAUGGUGGUGAUGAUUCUUGUGAGGACAAGAGCUUGGAUGGUUUUGAUGUCCAAUCUGAUGGGAAUUCUCCCUGUGUUGCAGAGGGGGAAACAGAGGACAAACUUGCGACUUCUGCUUCCCAGGUUGUUAAUCCAGUCGAUAUCGAUGUGGCUGGUGAGGUUGAGGAAGAUGGGAUCCUUGAUUCUCAAGAUGCGUGUGCAAUCGAGGGUGACAGGGUGCUCCGUGAGACGAUAUGUUGCAUCCUUGGCCAUGUGGAUGCUGGUAAGACAAAGCUCCUUGAUUGCAUCAGGCACACCAAUGUGCAGAAAGGGGAUGCUGGAGGCAUCACGCAGCAGAUUGGCGCUACCUACGUACCUGUUGAAUACGUCAAGGAGAGGGCCAAACCCCAUAAAGGUGUGUCGUAAUCAAAGUUCCUGGGUUGCUUGUGAUUGACACCCCUGGCCACGAGUCGUUCAGUAACAUGCGCUCGAGGGGAAUGAGUUUGUGCGACAUUGCUGUGGUGGUUGUUGACAUUAUGCAUGGGCUUGAGAAGCAGACUGUUGAGACCCUUGCUCUUCUGAAAGACCGCAAUGUGAGGUUCAUUGUUGUCUUGAACAAGGUAGACCGGCUUUGUGGGUGGAAACAUUGUCCAGAUGCACCGAUAAAGAAGGCACUCGAGAACCAAUCUGGUGAUGUCAAAAGGGAAUUUGGGUGGAGGUUGACUAAGGUUGUGACACAACUGAAGGAAAAUGGCUUUAACACUGCACUAUACUAUGACAAUCAAAAGUUUCGGAAAGUGUUUGACAUAGUCCCAACCAGUGCCAUAAGCGGUGAAGGCAUUCCAGACCUUCUACUAAUGCUGGUGUUAAGGUCCCAAGCGACAAUGAUGGAGAAGCUAACCUUUGUCAAUACAGUGGAGUGUACUGUCCUAGAAGUCAAUGAUGACAAAGAUUUAGGAACUACUAUUGAUGUAGUGCUGAUUAAUGGUGUGCUGCACAAAGGUGAUCAAGUGAAUGUUUGCACUAAACAGGGGCCUGUCACAACAACUAUUAGAGAUUUGUUGACCCCUCAUCCAUUGAAAGAACUGAGAGUUAAGGGCAUAUAUAAGCAUCACAAGGAGCUUAAAGCUGCACAGGGGGUAAAGAUUGUGGCACGGGGACUGAAAUAUGCAAUUCCAGGCACUUCUCUCGUUGUAGUGAAGCCAGGGGAUGAUCUGGGACAAUCUGAAGCCAAAAGCCAGAGGAAUGAGAAUGAAGAGGGAAAUGUAAUACAAGAAAUAAGUAGGCUCAAAACUUGCAAGGAAGGUGUCUAUGUGCAAGCUUCUACUUUUGGAAUCUUGGAAGCAAUCAUUGAGCAUUUGAACAGCCCUGGUGUGAAUGUUCCUGUCAGUGGUUGCAACUUAGGCCCAAUUGAGAAGAAAGAUGUCAUGAAGGCAAGUGCUAUGCUGAAGCGGAAAGAAGAGUAUGCAGCCAUCUUAGCAUUUAAUGUCAGGGUGAUGCCUGAGGCAGAUGUCCUUGCAUCAGAAUCAGGAGUGAAGAUUGUUACAGCUGACACAGUGUACAAGCUUGUUGACAGCUUUAAUGAACACAUUAAAAGAUCAAAGGAGUUGAAGAAAAUGCAGUGUGCAGCCAAUGCAGUGUUCCCAUGCACCCUGAAGAUUCUGCCAAACCGUGUAUACCGUAAGAAGGAUCCAUUUCUUUGUGAUGUUGAAGUCUUGGAAGGUGUCGUCAAGGUGGGAACACCAAUUUGUGUCUAUGUUGGAGGCACAGUCCAUGGUCUUGGAAGGAUCUCCUCAAUGCAAACAUCAAAUGGUAAUCAGAUUGAUUCGGCAAAGCGAGGAGUAGUAGUAUCCGUAAAGAUAACCGGGGAGAGCCCCAAGGAGAAGACCUGGUUGUAUGGACGCCAUUUUGAUGAGAGCAAUGAGCUGAUCAGCCAAAUCUCAAGGAGAUCCAUUGAUGUCCUCAAAGAGUACUAUCGAGAUGAAAUGAAUGAUGAGAAUUGGCAGCUUAUCCGCAGGCUAAAGAAACUACUCGAUAUAGCCUGAAGGAUUGGAAUACUUCUGUCGUCUUCUCGUGUCGGCAAUUUAGAUCACGUUCAUCAUUUUCUGGUCUGUGUUGUGUCCAGAAACUCCAGUCAUACUUUGUCAUCAUUUGUCAAACCGUUUUGUUACUUUGUGAAUAAUGGAUGAAUCUAUAGAUGUUUGUAAUGGCGAA